CUCCCCAGCACCCACCGUGGCUGGCAGACCUGUUUGCUUCCGUUGUUUUAGGUGACAGGUGACCCGCCCCCACUUAACUGAGGGCGGACAUUGAGGCUUCGCCGGCAGACCCCUGGCCUGCGGUGUCCACACCUCGCUGCGGCCCUCGGGGUCCUGGGCCUUGGAGUUGGGUUCUUGGUCCUCCGUCCAAGGAUGGGAGGCUCUGCCCAGGCCAGCGGGACCUGGCAGACCUCCCCUCUCUACCUUGCCUGAGAUUCAGGUCUGGCGCCAUGUGCUAGGUGACACUGAGCGCAAGGCCACGCCCCGGGCCGUCGGAGCAGCCCCUCCUCGUGUCGGGGGUCGCCGCACUGCCCAGGACCCCACCAUGGCUGGGGACCGGCUCCCGAGGAAGGUGAUGGAUGCCAAGAAGCUGGCCAGCCUGCUGCGGGGAGGGCCUGGGGGGCCGCUGGUGAUCGACAGCCGCUCCUUCGUGGAGUACAACAGCUGGCACGUGCUCAGCUCCGUCAACAUCUGCUGCUCCAAGCUGGUGAAGCGGCGGCUGCAGCAGGGCAAGGUGACCAUCGCGGAGCUCGUCCAGCCGGCCGUGCGCAGCCAGGUGGAGGCUGCGGAGCCGCAGGACGUGGUGGUCUACGACCAGAGCACCCGGGACGCCAGCGUGCUGGCCGCAGACAGCUUCCUGUCCAUCCUGCUGAGCAAGCUGGACGGCUGCUUCCACAGCGUGGCCAUCCUCACAGGGGGCUUUGCCACGUUCUCCUCCUGCUUCCCUGGCCUCUGUGAGGGCCGGCCUGGCACCCUGCUGUCCGUGAGCCUCUCCCAGCCCUGCCUGCCCGCCCCUAGCGUGGGCCUGACCCGCAUCCUGCCUCACCUCUACCUGGGCUCUCAGAAGGACGUCCUGGACAAGGACCUGAUGACCCAGAACGGAAUAAGCUACGUCCUGAACGCCAGCAACUCCUGCCCCAAGCCUGACUUCAUCUGCGAGAGCCGCUUCAUGCGCAUCCCCAUCAACGACAACUACUGUGAAAAGCUGCUGCCCUGGCUGGACAAGUCCAUCGAGUUCAUUGACAAAGCCAAGCUGUCCAGCUGCCAAGUCAUCGUCCACUGUCUGGCCGGCAUCUCGCGCUCUGCCACCAUCGCCAUCGCCUACAUCAUGAAGACCAUGGGCAUGUCCUCAGACGACGCGUACAGGUUCGUGAAGGACCGGCGCCCGUCCAUCUCGCCCAACUUCAACUUCCUGGGCCAGCUGCUGGAGUACGAGCGCAGCCUGAAGCUGCUGGCCGCCCUGCAGGGCGACGCGGGCCCCCACUCGGGGACGCCCGAGGCCCCGCUGCCGCAGCUGCCACCACCUACCUCAGAGAGAGCUGCCACCGGGAGCGCGGCGGCCUCCGCAGCCAGGGACGGCGGCCCCGGCGCCUGCGGGGAGCCCCCUGCGCCCUCCGCGGCGCCGGCCACCAGCGCGCUGCAGCAGGGCCUGCGCGGCCUGCACCUCUCCUCCGAUCGCCUCCAGGACACCAACCGCCUCAAGCGCUCCUUCUCCCUGGACAUCAAGUCGGCCUACGCCCCGAGCGGGCGGCCCGACGGCCCCGGCGCGCCCGACCCCGGCGAGGCCCCGAAGCUCUGCAAGCUGGACAGCCCGUCCGGGGGCGCGCUGGGCCUGCCCUCGCCCAGCCCGGACAGCCCGGACGCGGCCCCCGAGGCGCGGCCCCGGCCCCGCAGGCGGCCCCGGCCCCCCGCCAGCUCCCCCGCGCGCUCCCCCGCGCACGGCCUCGGCCUGAACUUCGGCGACGCGGCCCGGCAGACUCCGCGGCACGGCCUCUCGGCGCUGUCGGCGCCGGGGCUGCCCGGCCCGGGCCAGCCGGCCGGCCCCGGGGCCUGGGCGCCGCUCGACUCCCCGGGCACGCCGUCGCCCGACGGGCCCUGGUGCUUCAGCCCCGAGGGCGCGCAGGGCGCGGGCGGCUCGCGGUUCGCGCCCUUCGGCGGCGGCAGCAGCGGGGACCUGCGGCGGCGGGAGGCGGCGCGGGCCGAGCCCCGGGACGCGCGGACGGGCUGGCCCGACGAGCCGGGCCCCGAGACGCAGUUCAAGCGCCGCAGCUGCCAGAUGCAGUUCGAGGAGGGCAUGGCCGAGGGGCGCGCGCGCGGCGAGGAGCUGGCCGCCCUGGGCAAGCAGGCGAGCUUCUCGGGCAGCGUGGAGGUCAUCGAGGUGUCCUGACCCGCGGGUCCCCGCGCCCCUGCCGCCCUCGGCGCCCCGGCUCGGCCGCCCGCAGCCGGGCCGUUAUAAAUAUAUUAUAUAUAAUGCAAAGAAAGGUAAAUGGUUUUACUGCGAUUUUUAUCGAGAAGUAAAUAUUUCGAUUUUUUUAUUUAUUUAAGCUGUUCAUUCUGGCAAUGAUUUGGCAACAGUGCCGGGUGGUCCUCGGAGCUCUAUUUUUACUGUCUGAUAUUUAAACUGAAACAUGUUUCUAAGCAAUAUGAGGCCACCUUCAGUCGCAAGCUGGGGUGCCAGGGCUGGGGUCCCCUCGCUGACUCCACCGCACCCGCAGGAACACUGCUGACCUUUGCAAAGAGGCUGCCGAGCUUUCGGAGCUUUUGUGCACUUUUUACAUAAGAAAAAGG